AUGUCGUCCAAACCAUUCGUCCUCCGCCCGGGGACUCUAUCUCACAUCAAUAAAAUCGCACUCAUCAUCAUCGCAGCCUAUGGUCCCGGCCCCGUACACAAAUAUCUCAACCCAAACGCAGACAUAUAUCCACAAGACCUAAAAAUGGCCCUUUUACAAUCCGUUACGAUGUCCUACCUAAAUCCUCGGACUUUAACACUAGUAGCUUGCUCGGAAGAGUCUCCUGAUGUUGUUCUUGCGUAUGGAAUGUACACACGUAUGGGAGACGAUCUUGGAGCGGACGACUUUCUUCAUCGAAGGUCGUGGGUGGAAAGGGUGGGGAGAUGUAUGCUGAGUUAUUUUCUCGCGGGCUUGUUCAAAUCAUAUAAUUUUAUUCGGCCUAACCGUGCCGCUUCAAAAUCCCACACUGCAGUUUUCGAACACUCAAUCACGCAGGAUAGAGAGCGAUACUGGUCUGCCGCCAGCUUUCCGAGGAGACGCAAUCGCUGGCAUGCCAAUGCAAUCGUAGUACUUCCAGAGUACCAAGGAAGAGGACUUGGAAGAUUGUUGAUGGAACAUGUUCUGGAAGAGGCAGAGAAGGAAAAAGUUCCUGUGGGAUUAAGUGCCAGCCCGGCAGGCGAGAGAUUGUAUAGAAAGUUAGGAUUCGCAUGGUUAGGGGACUUUCAUACGAGGGUUGGUGUUGAAGAUUAUGGAAGUGGGGGAGGUCAUAUGCUUUGGUGGCCAAAGGGAGUUGAAAAGGAUGGAGAUUAUUGA